AUGACAUCUCCAAGGUUUGUGUUCUAUCUGACAUGUCUGAUCGUGGGGAAAAUAGGUGAGUUGUGUUUUUCUGCUGGAAAGUCCACUGCAUUUAAUCAUGAAGAGAACAGUUUUGUAUCAGCUAAUGUUGGUGAAAGCUUGACUUUACCAUGUUUCUAUGAUGGUGAUGAUUCAACAAGGAUUUUCUGGUACAGGCAAAGUCUUGGACGGAAACCACGGCUCAUCUCUACCCUAUAUGCGUUCAAUAUGAAUGGCACUUUUCAUGAUGAAUUCAAGAACAACCCACGCUUCACAUUGGAUACUGACUUUGGUAGAUAUCACUUGAAGAUAACAGAUCUGUGCACUUCAGACUCAGCUACUUACUACUGCGCAAAAAGGGUUUUAUUAACUACUGAAUUUGCAGCAAGUACUACUGUCAGUGUAAAGGGUUCAGGUUUGAAUGUUCCAGCUUUGGUCCAUCAGUCAGCGUCUGAGACCAUCCAGCCAGGAGGCUCUGUCACUCUGAACUGUACAGUACACACUGGGAGCUGUGAUGAUGGAGAACACAGUGUUUACUGGUUCAAAUAUUCUGAAGAGUCUCAUCCAGGACUCAUUUACAGCCAUGGAGGCAGGAAUGAUCAGUGUGAGAGGAAACCUGACACACAAACACACACCUGUGUCUACAACCUGCCGAUGAAGAGCCUGACUCUUUCUCAUGCUGGGACCUACUACUGUGCUGUUGCCUCAUGUGGACACAUACUGUUUGGAGACGGGACCAAGCUGGACUUUGAGGACUCUCUUGACUUGGUGUAUAUCUUGAGUGGAGCUUUGGCAUUCACCAUGAUCCUGGUUGUGUUACUGGCUUUCUCAGUGUACAAGAUGAGCAUGAGAAACAGCUGCCAAUCCACAGAGUCUCAAGCAAGAUUUUCAGCUCCCUCCACAGCAAAUGCAGAGGGUUACCAAGAUGCAGAAAACCUCCAUUACGCUGCUUUAAGCGUCAACCUGCCCAACAGAUCAAGAAGACAGAGGAACAACACCAAUGAUGAAUGUGUGUACUCCAAUGUAAAGCAAUAG